GGUGCCGGUAAACCCAAGCAAACACCUUGGGGUGCCGGCGGUCAGCUGUGCAGUAGGUGAUGCGGUGCAGCAGGUAAGCGUGGCCUGACCUCCGGGCACCCUUCUCACCCGGUGCCAUACGGAUGCCAUGCGGCCCUAAGGUCAGCUUCAUUUUGGCCCCACCGGCUCCCGCGUCGCUUUUGGCCCAUAUUUUGCCCACCGCCUCCUCCGUGCAUCCCUCUCCUUUGGCGUGCAGCGUGACGGCGUUACCCAGGUAGCGCACGGUGUAGGUGGGAUCCUCCUUGUUCAGCUCCACUUUCUGCCUCCGGCCUCCAAACACAGCACCCAACCUCUCCAAGGGGCAUUCGGGCAAUAAAUCGGGGCAGGAGCGUAUGAAACCAGCCAGCAAUGAGGCAUAGCCCAACCCUGGCCCCAAGCUUUUCCCUUUGCACUUACGCUCGUUUUCCACCAGCACGAACUUGCUGCGGCGCCAGGGCAGCAUCACCUCGCUGCCGGAUCCCGAUCCUGACCCAAGGGGUCGGUCCCCGUAUCCCGUUCCCAAGGGUCGGUCCCCAGCGGGAUGCGUUGGGUGAGGAUGCAACGCUGCUGCUGCUGCUGCUGCUGCUGCAGAACGGAGCGCUGCUCCACCUCCCCAAAGCGUGGAGAGGAGGGAGAAAUGCAUCGGCGCACACGGAGAGAUGCUGCUGCGCUGCUGCUGCCGGAGGGAGAUGAGGCUGCUCCGCUACGGGGAGAAAGAGCUGCCCCUGCGGAGUGCAGAGCCCAAAGAGCGAUAACGACGUUUAGCCAUGCAACCCCUGCUGAUAAUGGGACGUUCCUGGCACCAAAUUCCUGCUGGGGAGGAAGGAAAACAAGGCUGUGUAUGAAAACACUCCAGCUUAGAACACACAGACACACACAUAAAAAGGGAAAACACAGAGAAAAAUUGCUCAACCUCCACCACCCUGAUCCCAAUAACUCCAGGCUGGGGAUGAUGCCAAGCGCACACGUGGGGCGUUAUCCCUACAGGGCGUUGCAAUCAGGGCAAUAUUUAACCACGUCGGCGUCAUCGUGUGGGGCAGGCAGUGCAGACAUGGAGGGCAGUGAGUGCCUUCAGCUGCUGCUUCGCCGCUGUCGUGAGGCCAAAGAUUGUGCCUACUGCCCCUACAGCCGCUUCCCUGUGGGUGCCGCGUUGCUCACCGCCAAUGGGGAGAUCUUCUCCGGAUGCAACGUAGAGAAUGCCUGCUACAGCCUUGGGAUGUGCGCUGAGCGUGCAGCCAUCCUAAAAGCCAUCUCCGAAGGGCACACACGCUUCAAGGCCAUGGCCAUUGCCAGUAACAUGUCAGACUUCAUCACGCCAUGCGGGGCCUGCAGACAGGUGAUGAGAGAGUUUGGCACAGACUGGGACAUCUACCUGACCAAACCUGAUGGCACCUACAUUGUGAAGACACUACGGGAGCUCCUGCCACUCUCCUUUGGCCCCGAGGACCUGCAGAAGGCAUGAACUGCACACCUGCAUUUCCCUUUCAGCACCUUGGAUCACUCCCCCUCUAUGCAAUUGACUCCAUUGGGGACAAUGGAGUUUGCUCCAUGGGUGUUGCUUGGAUCCAAUGCAGCCCAACAGGGGAUAAAAAGCAAUAUCAGCUCCAGUUCCCAGCAUUAUCCAGCAGCCAUUUGUGCACUGUGUUCACCGUGCAGCCAAUGUGAUGCCACAGCUCCUUUUUUUAGCCUAUUUUUCUCCUUUCUCUCUAUAUUUUUGCUUGCUUUCGUGAGGACAAAGAGCAAUUCCUUGACAAUGAAACAGCAAUGGAACAAAACCCAAUGACGUGUUACUUUAA